GCGGGAGGAGGUGAAGCAGAGAGAGAGAUCAAAUACGACAGAUUUUAAGCUGGUUUUGAAUGUUCUUCAAUGGCGAGAGUUCCUGCAACAUUUUUGUUUCGAAUGAUUUCAUCUAGAAACAACAUCUCUAGGGUUAGGGUUUUGCUUUCCGGUCGGUUAUCUCAUUCUGGUGAGAAAUGGAGGCGUUCAAAUUACGGAAAGAGUUACGCUUUUCCGUCAUUCGUUUCAGAACACAGAGUUCCAAACGGUUUGACGCAUCUAGAUUCUGUAAGACUUGGGGAUCUUAGUAUUGUUAAGAGGAAGCAAUUCUCAACGUUUCCUGACGAUGUAAGUCGAGUUGAUGAGGAUAGUUCCCUGUAUUCAGAAUUGAUUGAACGUGAAAGUAUUGAGGAGGACGAUAUUCAUGGAAGUAGUGGUUGUGUUGGUUUUGAGCAUGUAGGCUCUCGUGAUCCCGUUGACAUUUACAAGGAACUUCGGUUGUCUGAGAAGAAGUCCAAGCUUACGCGAUCUAAUUGGGACACAUUGGUUGAAAAUUUUCGGUGUUUUGCGAAAUCUGGUUGGGCAUCCAACCAGGCUCUUGCUAUCUACAUUGGUGCCUCAUUCUUUCCUACUGCGGUUAGCUCGUUUCGGUCUUUUUUCUUCAAGAAAUGUCCUGAAGAUGUUGCCAAGUACUUGGUAUCACUAGGGCCAUCUGAAUCAGCUGAGAGGUUUCUUUUCCCAAUUUUUGUUGAGUUUUGUUUGGAGGAAUUCCCUGACGAAAUCAAGCGUUUUAAGGGAAUGAUUGAAUCUGCUGAUCUCACCAAACCUUAUACUUGGUUCCCUUUUGCACGGGCCAUGAAACGCAAAAUCGUGUAUCACUGUGGUCCGACCAAUAGUGGUAAAACCUACAAUGCGUUGCAGCGUUUUAUGGAAGCAAAGAAUGGUAUAUACUGUAGUCCUCUGAGGCUUUUAGCCAUGGAAGUUUUUGACAAGGUGAAUGCUGUAGGGGUUUACUGUAGUCUCCAAACUGGACAAGAAAAGAAAAAUGUCCCUUUUGCUAACCACACUGCAUGUACUGUUGAGAUGGUUUCCACAGAAGAAUCGUAUGAUGUGGCUGUUAUUGAUGAAAUCCAAAUGAUGGGUGAUCCUUGCAGAGGAUAUGCUUGGACUCGCGCUUUGCUUGGACUAAUGGCUGAUGAGAUACACUUGUGUGGGGAUCCAAGUGUUCUUAAAAUUGUCAGAAAGAUAUGCUUGGACACAGGAGAUGAGUUGGUUGAACAUCAUUAUGAGAGGUUCAAGCCUCUUGUGGUUGAAGCAAAGACACUCUUGGGAGAUCUCCGAAAUGUUCGACCUGGGGACUGUGUGGUCGCUUUCUCAAGGAGAGAGAUAUUUGAAGUCAAGCUGGCAAUUGAGAAGUUCACUAAACACCGUUGCUGUGUUAUUUAUGGUGCCUUGCCUCCAGAGACUAGACGGCAACAAGCUAGCUUGUUUAAUGAUCAAGAUAAUGAGUAUGAUAUUCUGGUUGCAAGUGAUGCUGUGGGGAUGGGUUUGAAUCUAAACAUUAGACGAGUUGUUUUUUAUAGUCUUUCUAAGUAUAAUGGUGACAAGGUUGUUCCAGUGCCUGCGACACAGGUGAAGCAGAUUGCCGGAAGGGCUGGUCGGAGAGGCAGCAUUUAUCCUGAUGGACUCACCACCGCUUUGCAUUUGGAUGAUUUAGACUACCUGAUUGAUUGCUUGAAGCAGCCUUUUGACGAAGUUACAAAAGUUGGUCUCUUCCCUUUCUUUGAGCAAGUAGAGUUGUUCGCGGGACAAUUUCUCAAUGCUCCUUUCUGCCAACUUCUGGAAAAGUUUGGAGAGAACUGUCGUCUUGAUGGUUCUUACUUCUUGUGUAAGCAUGAUCAUAUAAAGAAGGUUGCAAGGAUGUUAGAGAAAGUGGGAGGAUUAUCUCUGCAAGACCGGUUUAACUUUUGCUUUGCCCCAGUCAAUAUUAGAGAUCCAAAAGCUAUGUACCAUCUUCUGGGGUUUGCUUCAUCAUACAGCCAAAAUGUCCCUGUUAGCAUAGCAAUGGGCAUGCCCAAGGGCUCUGCUCGUAAUGAUGCAGAGCUCCUUGAUCUUGAGACUAAGCAUCAAGUGUUGUCUAUGUAUUUAUGGCUAUCACACCAUUUUAAGAAGGACACUUUCCCGUAUGUAAACAAGGCUACAGCAAUGGCAACAGAUAUUGCAGACCUUCUUGGUCAGUCUCUCACCAAAGCUAACUGGAAGCCUGAAUCAAGGCAGGCAGGGAAGUCGAAGCCUCAAGAGAAGGGAAGUGGCUAUGAGAGACCAAUGUCACUUAUUAAAGUGUAUCAAAAGAAAAAGAAAGAAAAAUCUCCUCUGCAAGGUUCCCCAAGUAAUAUCCCAACUUGAUACAAAUACCAGGUACAUGUAUCAGAAUUUUACUCACAUAAUAGAAAAGCCUCCUGGUGCCACCCUAAUUGCUCAUCAUAAUACAUUUCCGCUAUUAAGAGGCCUUUGCUUUGUUUCUAUAUUUUU